AGGCUGUGGCUGCCCCAUCCCUGGAAGUGUUCAAGGCCAGGCUGGAUGGGGCUUUGGGCAACGUGGUCUAGUGGAGGGUGUCCCUGCCUGUAGCAGGGGGGUUGGAACUAGAUGGUCUUUGAGGUCCCUUCCAACCCAAACCAUUCUGUGAGUCUAAACAUGCUUCUUUGCUGCUUCAGAUCCAGCUUGUAAGCAUGUAUUUAAAUGACUGAACAUAUAUCGCAUUUAUUUUGUAUUAAAAGCUUUACAAAAACAUAAACUGCUAGCUAAGCAUGACAGCUUCUACUGUGGAAGCUGAUUGUCCUGAAAAGUGACAUUGCCUACAUCACAUUGAGCGACUUGCUUAUCAGUCCUAGGCAGACUGUUUCUAUAGCCUUUGUGUAGAAGGACCAGUUUGGUUCUAGUUGAAAAUACACUUUUAAUGGUUUGUGGCUGGUCUUUAAUUGUCUGCCCAGUAAAAGUAUUUUUAUGGUCAUCAGUCUCCUAGACUUCACUGUAAUGGCCCAUGUACCUGAAAUAGUGCAAAUUAACUUCUCAGGUUCUGGAUGCACAUGAUACUGUUAACAGAGUUUCCUUACUUGUAUUCUGUUUAAAAUGUGGCUUCGUGGACAAUUUAAUGAUAAUAACUGCAGUUCUUCAAACUGUAGAAGCUAAAGAAACAAGUGCAUAGUACCAGUCAGAGCUACUUAAGUCAGUUAUUUAUUCACAUUAUGUCUUGUGAUUUCAGUAGGACAGAAAAAAUAAAUCGUAACUCUGAAGUGGAAGAACAGGAAAACAUUCAGUACUCUCUGUUCUCAUGAAUGCAUUAGUUAUUAAGAAGGUGCUCCUAUCUAAUGGAGUAGCUCAGGUAACUUAUUGGUUUACCAACAGUAGGAAUUGGGGAGAUAAAUGAAGACACUGAAACAUUUUAAAGAUUUCAGCAUGAAACUGAAAUGCAUGUGCAAGUAGUUCUGUGACUGUAAUAAGGCUUUUCAUGUACAUAAAAAUGUGUGUUUAUAUCCUGAGCCAUAGCACUUAUCCCAUAGUUCUCUGAAAGGUAAAUAAACAAUUCACUUGUGGCUCUUAAGCAGUUUUAACAUUAUUGUGAUACAAACAUGAACAAAAUAAAGGAUUUAUAAACACCAUUUUUAAUUACACAGUAUGAAUACAUAAAAUUACUCGCUCUGAACAGAUUUUUAAUGGAAGCAGCAACUGUUCCGUAUAUUUUGAAAUUUUUUGUGUUGAGGCUUCAGCUGCUCUCAAACUAUAAAGCAUUUCUUCUAUCUUACUGUAGAUUGGGUCUAACAAAUAAGCAUUCAAAGAUGGAAAGUUAGAGAUGAAAAAAUUCCUGAAAUGUCUUGCUUCUAAUGUAAGCCUUGAUUCUAAGGCAGCACAGAGUCAUAUGACUCUCAUACCAGCUUGUAUCAGGUAUUAAUUCCAUAACCAUACUCUGCGGGUGAUGUAUAUGCCAGUAACGCUAAUUACAGCUAGCAAGACUGCAUUCCUUCUUUCAGAGGAGAUGGACUAGGCAACUUAUGACCCAUUUCCAUUUUAAAUAGAUGCUAUUUUCAGAGAAGCCCAUUUUGGCUGAAUUACUUUGAGCUCUUUUAGUAUCAGACAGGUAUAGGAACAGUAGUUACCCUCAUAUGGGAACUUAAGUUUGGGCUCUUUAAAAUGAAACUUUACCCCCCAAGCAAUUAAAACACUUUACAAUAUUAGAUGACACUGUAAUGAGGGCAAAGCUUGGGCUGGUACAAAACACUAAUGAGCUAUCUACUUUAGUGUUAAAGGAUUUCUUUUUUUUUAUUUUUAAGUCUGACAGUAAAAAAGCUUCAUUGAUGCCAUUAAUUCACCAUCCCUGCGCUGGCAGCCAGACUAUUCACUAGCACUUUCAGGCUUUUUGACAGUUUUACUAUGGGAAGUUGACACCUACUAACUGAGCUGUCAGUCUAGGCUUGGCCUCAGUAUUCGGCACCUUGAGUACCAUUUGAAGUAGCAACAGUGAAUUUGCUUUUGUAGUAGUUGUAACAGUAUUCCAUUCAUCACAGCUGUUCUGCAAGGAGUAAACUGUAAAAUAUUGAGUGUUUGUGUACCAGUACCUAGUCACCUGACUUAAUUACAGCAUUUGCAUUUGUUCUAUAGAUAACUGUAUUCCCUGUGAGUUGAUUUUAAAUUCCUUGUCUGGUUGCAAUUUUGGGUGAAGUGCAGCAGUUAUUCCAGUAUAACAGAUAGUGUCCUGCUUUAUUCUUCAAGUUUCCUAUUCACUUUUGCAUGUUAAAAAAUAACUUUGCUAAUGAAAUACGACAAUGAAGUGCCUAGUUCAAGGCAUGUGCUCUAUAAAGUUCUCUCACUCCACUUUCUUCUGUGGAUCUUUUUCAGCCGACAUAAAUGAAUUGCUGCACUUGUUGAAUGUGAUGCAAUAUCCCUUCUGCACAAACGUUGGGGGCUUUGGGGGUUUUCAGUGUUUUAAGUGACAGACCAGUAAUUCAUGCAGUGUACUGCUUAGACUGCCAUACAGACUGCAGUCUGUGGAGGAGGCAUCUCUUAAACAGGUCUAGGAAACCAGGAGGAUUUAUUCCCAUAACAAUGGCAGCUAAAUCAUCACUCCUUAAAGUAAUACUGCUAGGAGAUGGUGGAGUUGGGAAGAGUUCCCUUAUGAACAGAUACGUCACCAACAAGUUUGAUGCACAGCUGUUUCAUACAAUAGGUGUGGAAUUCUUAAAUAAAGAAUUGGAAGUCGAUGGACACUUUGUUACAAUGCAGAUAUGGGACACAGCAGGUCAGGAACGGUUUAGGAGCUUGCGGACUCCUUUCUACAGAGGUUCUGACUGUUGUCUGCUAACCUUCAGUGUGGAUGACUCUCAAAGCUUCCAAAACUUAAGCAACUGGAAGAAAGAAUUCAUUUAUUAUGCAGAUGUCAAGGAGCCUGAAAGUUUUCCGUUUGUGAUACUGGGUAACAAAGUUGAUAUCGAUGAAAGGCAAGUGUCUACAGAAGAAGCCCAAGACUGGUGCAGGAAUAAUGGCAACCAUCCCUAUUUUGAAACCAGUGCGAAAGAUGCCACUAACGUUGCAGCAGCCUUUGAAGAAGCCGUUAGAAGAGUUUUAGCCUCUGAAGAUAGAUCAGAUCACUUUAUUCAAACAGAUACAGUAAACCUUAAUCGGAAACCAAAACCCAGUUCAUCUUGUUGUUGACUUAAUUUUUUUUUUUUUUUUUGGCCAAAUUACUUUUGACUAGCUUGCUCUAUAAAAGGAUGGGGAAGGUGUAGUAGAUAAAAUAACAAAUGGGUUUCACUCUAAUAUUAAAAUUGUAAUAUUCUGCUGCUUUCUUGGGGGAGCAAAAGAAAAAAUUCCAUUCGUGAGUGACCCAUUAUUGAACUAGUGACACUUUCUAUUUAGGAAGGUGUCAAGUAAAAACAUUAAUAUAAGAAUGUAAUUUGCCAAGUUUAUUCAAAUGAUAAAUACUUUGAAUAUAAUUAAAACUUGAAAGUUCUAGAAGCACUACUUUGGAGAAACUGUUCUGGAAUUCAGGCACAAAGAUACUUUUAUAUGUGUAUAUUUUUAUGAAAUCAGCAUUCCAUUUUUGUUUCACUAGAAGUCAGUUUCUUAACAAUGCUAGAUAUUAAACUUCAGUCUCACUACAUUCCUUUUGCUGUGAGUGGUACUUCAUCUCUAAUGUGUUUAGAAUAAGUUAAUAUAAAUUACCUUCAGGUCUUCUCUAAUUGCCUAACGUUGCUAUAAUUUGUGUAGGUUUUUUAAGUAGGAAAUACAUUUCCUACAUAUUUAACAUCUAUUUUCCUUUCAUUUGCUAUUCUAAUGCUGUACUAAUUUUUCCAGCAGUUUAAUGCAAGAUACUGCUGAUGUUUUAAGUUAAUAUGUGUCUUUGCCUUAAGUCCCAUUCUAGCAUGUUUCUGACAAUAAGGUAAAAAAAUCUAACUGAUGUGUAACCAUUUUUAGUUAUGAAAAAGAUACGCUUUAUUCAGUCAGCUUUAAUAGCACUUGAAGGGAUCCUUUGUGACAGAUUUGUGAGAGAACUUUUAGUAUACAGCCUUAAAAGUUCCAAACGUCUUGUUCCUGUUAACCUGAGCUAUGAAUGUGUUUACCAGUAAUCUCUGCACUGUGAAACUAAGGAUUGGCAAUAUGUAGAGAACUCAGGAAGCUCUUGACUUACAGUAGAUUGUGACAGCUUUCAGCCCUAAUACAAGGAAAUAGCUACAGCUAGUGUUUGAACUGAAUUCAAUUCUUAUUUAAUUUGCUAAUUUAGGAUAUGGACUUACACAUUCAAGACAAUGUCUUUUAUAUUACUGUACUCCUUACACGACAACGAACAGAAGCAAAUUCUGUAUUUAAUGGACAGUCUUUCUGCAAUAAUGCAGAUGAAACCACAGAAGGUGUAUUCGAGGCUCUCUGUUGCAGUUAAAUGGUAGAAUACUCGUGUGACGAGUUGAAUGUUGGCUCUCAGAGUACCCACUGUCCUUGUAAUAGCAAACUUGAUAGCGCACUGUUGCUUCAAUGUGUAAUCUGGCUGCUAACAGGCAUGCACAUACACACAUCAAAAGAAAGUCUGAGGCCUAUAGGACAGGCCAUGUUAUUCACUGAACUACACAAACUCUGCUUUCUGUACAGCAACUUUCUUGUUCCAGUAGAAAAGCCUUUCUUGAGAGUACAGUAACAGCGAGAGUUUUCUCUUAACCUAUUUGUUCAGUCUGUACCAGGUGUAAUUAUUUGGAAGUAAAGCUUGCAAAACAAACCCUUCUUGUCGCUCUUAGUACACUUUUCUGAAUGUAUUGUAUUUUUGCUUGAACCUGUCCAGGACAACUUUACUCCAUAGACCUACUGCUUCAAAGUCACAUCUUUUUACCUUUUGCACAUUCCUAAGUAUAAUACAUUCUUACAGUCCGGCAUAUGCAGCAACAGAACUGUGUUUUAAGCUUCAGUCACCUAACAGCUAAAUAUGGGUUGAGCUGCUACUUAUGUUUAAUUUCUGGGCAAUGAAUGAAAAGAUCUGUGAAGAAAAUCUUAGCUAAAUUCCUCCUAUGAUUAAGCUGAGGGAGCAAAAAGCUUUAAAAAUGAAGAUUGGGGGCUACGAAGCUACUAAACUAGUGAGGUGAAAUAGUUGUAAAACUACUACCUUACUACUUAAACGUUCCUUUAAUGCUUGUUUUAGCAGAGGUUAAGGUUGAAACUAAACAGGAGAUGAAGUUGCCAGGACUAGAAUACUAUAGAUAUGAUUCCAGUAGGACUGCUGAAAGGAAACAAUUAAGGAUGAGAAGCAUUGUGGUCUGUCUUGUGCAUAAGCCUCCACCUGUGUUUUCCCAUCUGCCCCCUUUCCAUGUAACAUCAUGGUUACCAAGCCUCCACCUGAGAAGUAGGUUUAAUAAAGUUAAAUAAACCUUAAUACAACAGAAGUGUAUUACCUGUGCCCUGGGAGCUGUGGUACCACAACUAUAUGCUAAUCACAAAAGUGGCUAGUAAAGAUAACGGGGGGGUUACAUGCAAUAGUAAAUAAGACAGUAUAGGAAUUAGGUUGAGAUCAGGAUUUGGCCUCAGAGGGAGACUGUCAUAUACUUGAAAGAAGCAAAAGUCCUAUGACAAGCAGAUGUAGAUGAUAGGUUAAAAAACCCCGCCAUAAUGCUGCUCAAUAACAAAUGGGCAUUUCUGUACUGUGUGGAAGCUGAGUGUCUCCCAUUCAAUAUGGAGGUAAGGUAGGUACUUGGGGCUUAUGUGUCAGUUCACUGAUUCAUUUCAAGUACUGAUGUGCCUUAAGUACUAGGGUGUCCUGUUAGCAAUAUUUACAGUUCUGUAGAGUGACAGAGCAUACUAUGUAAUAUGUAUGCAAAGUUCCAGAUGUUCUUUAAAACAAGGAACUAAAAAUACUGUCAUGGCAAAUCAGCAGGAUUGAUGAAAGCUGUGUGUGUUAGAACAGACAGCAAAAUGGGAAAGGGCAGAAGAAAGGAGCUAGGACAGCUCACAGCUUGUGUUCCAGCAAAGUACAUAGAUGCUUAGUGUAAGACUGCUGCCAGAACCAGGCCGCUUGUUUUAACGGCUGCUCUGUUCCUCAAUCAGAUCUUACUUUAAGUCAUAUGACAGGUGGCCUGAACAGUAACAGAACCUUGCAGAAAGUUGAGUCUAAGUUGCAUUUCCCACCUAGAUUUAUUAAGGCUGGUUCACGUUUUUAGCUUGUGCUAAUGUUCUCAUUUCCUUAUGCUUCAUUUUUGUAGCAUCUAGGGUAAUUCCAGUCCCUUUAACUCAUAAACUUUGUUGCCUUUAUUUCAUAAUACAGCUAUCUGCUGCCUUCUCAUACCACAACGGAUUUCAUUUGAUGAGUUAGGACAAAAUUCUCUCUUUCCUGUGACCAGUAACAGACUGUUUUCAUAAAGCCUAGAUGGACCUGUAAGACUGCAUUUCCCAUUUACAACUCCUAUAUUCAGAAGAAAAGAGGCAAGAUAUAGGGGGGGUACAGGAACAGGCACCAUUUGGCUGUCUGCCUUCAGAGAUCAGGCCAGAUAUAAAAUGCUUUCAUUUUACCUAACCUCCUACUAUGUACCGGCAGAAAAGAAUGCAAUUAUCAAAAAACCCAGUUUCUAAAAGUGGAAACUCAGCACUAGUCCUUUGUCAAACCUUGUCUGACUGCCACGUAUAUGAUUAUUUAAUGUAUUUCAUCAGUGAAUCUUAACUGUUAGUGUUUUUCCAGCUAUGAUGCUACUGAGGAGGAAGCAGAAAACAGGGUAACAGUGCCAACUUAAUGGCUCCUUAUCAUAUGAACGAGAACGCUUUAUCUCAACUGUGUUUCUGUUGCUUUCAUGUAUAUAGUAAAAAAAACUCCAAACAGUUGAUUUACAUAAGAUUACAUGACAUUAUCAAAA